UUGUCAGCUGGCAGAGAAAAUACGCUUCAUUCAAGUCUGUCUUAACUUCUAAACUCAGAGAUUCCAGUCCGGACCUGAAUUUCACUGAGAGCAUAAGCAUGGAGGGAGACGAGAUGAAGAAAACAGAUCAUACGCUUGAGGCCUCAGACUUGUUGACGGAAGGCAUGGGACAACUCGACCUCGACGCGGACAGCGAGCCAGAUUUUGAGGAACUCGAUGUUGACAAAUGGGAUGAGGGCAAGGGUGAUGAAAUAAUUUGUCCUGCCCCGUCAGAGCUAAGCUUUUCCGAGGAGCCCGCAUUGCCUCCUGUUCUAAGGCGGAAAAGGGACGAUCUUUACGCAAUCCUGGCUGCUGAAAACGUGGACAAAGCACGGCUGAUCCAAAUGGCCCGUUCUGAAGGAGGACUUGUUAAUGAUGAAAUAAGAAAAAAAGCUUGGCCAUUGAUUUUAAAUAUAAGUGAUGAGCAGACUGAGGAGCUGCCAACUCAGGAGGAGAUAGAAGCGCAUCCCGAGUACAAGCAGGUCGUGAUGGAUGUCAACAGAUCUCUGAAAAGGUUUCCUCCUGGUAUUCCUUAUGAUCAAAGAGUUGCCCUGCAGGAUCAGCUUACAAGGCUAAUACUUCGAGUGAUCAUUAAAUACCCCAAUUUGUGCUAUUACCAGGGCUACCAUGACGUUGCUGUGACAUUCCUACUAGUUGUCGGAGAAGAAAAGGCUUUCUACAUAUUAGAGAAGUUAUCCACAGAGCACCUGAGGGUCUGCAUGGAACCCACAAUGGACACUACGUCGCGGCUGCUCAAUACAAUAUACCCAUUAAUCAAUCGUAAAAACCCACAGUUGCACGACUAUCUUGAAAGGUCUGAAGCGGGCACCUUGUUUGCGCUGCCAUGGUUCCUCACCUGGUUUGGUCACUCCCUCAGCAAGUACAAUGCAGUGGUACGAAUGUACGAUUUCUUCAUCUGCUCAGCGCCGCACAUGCCUCUCUACGUCGCAGCAACGAUUGUCCUUCAUCGGACAGAUGAGGUGUUCGAAACGCAGUGUCAGAUGGACUACAUGCAUGGCCUAUUGUCUCAACUUCCGGACACACUGCCAUUUGAGGAGAUUUUGAGGCAAGCAGAGAGACUGUACAUCGAUUUCCCACCAGAGAGUAUUGAACAAGAGGUCCAUGAAAGAACAUUGCGAGAGUACCAGAUGAGGAACAAUCCCCCGGUGAGAGCAAAACCGGUGGUGAGAAAGAAACCAUCGCCGUAUUCAUAUUUCGGUUGGCCAAGGCCGAGCACAUAUGUGCAAAUGGUGUUUGCCACCGCGUCCGUCAUGUUCAGCAUCUACAUGUACAUGAAGGCCGGCGGCGAGUCGGGGACGUUGCCAAUUGCGCCCAGCUAGCUAAUAGUGAAAAUUGAACGACUGCUGCCAAGAUGAAACACACAGCAACCGCAAUUACAGACGCAAACAUUAAUUAAAGUGGUGGUGCGAAGUUGAAAUUUGUGAUCUAGUGUGCUCUUGGGUUUCCCGCUUUGUGUUUCCUAUUUUUUUUUUGUCCAACGAUUGCACAUACAGCCAAAUACAUUUCUCUGAUGACUUGUGAUAAUUCCUCAGGGUUUGUGCGUUUGCCACUGGCGUUUCAUGAAUGAGUUCUCAUCCAUCCUGCACAAAUAAUUUCCUAAAGUAGAGAUGAAUUGCCGAUUCCUCACUAAACUUGAUGUCGAGAGCGUUGCUUGAUGUUAACUGAAAAGCUAAAUAAUUAAAACUGAAGUACUGGUUUUCUUUACCAGAAACUUGCUUAACUAUCUUCCUAUCGUAGAAAUUACAAUCAUGUAAAUUAUGACAGCUGAUAUUGAUAAAAAAAACAUCACGUUUUCUCAUAUUAUUUCACAUUUUAGAAAAACACUGGCUGUCUUUGAUAUCUAACAAUCAGAAAUCAUUUUAGUGCUAAAAUUCCGCGUCAAGUAUGGCAAAUUCAAACCCUAUUAUCUUUCUAAUAUGUGAUUAUUUAUUAAUUUUCAGCAGUGCUUAUCAGACACUAGGUAAUCAAUAUUAUUAUAUGUGCGAUAUUGUUGGAAGUCUUUGCUCACGUAAAGAGCAAAUUGAAAAUAUUUAUUCUCUAAGAGUCGGGGCAUGUCAUUCAUACACAUUAAAAUAAUCAAAAUAGA